GAAAGAGCCAUGGAGCACAAACCGAGACAAAGGCAAGUCCUGAUUUUCUUUGUUUUGCUGAGUGUGUCUGAGGCAGGCACGGAACUGGGUCCCUAUUCCAUAGAGGAAGAAGUGGAGAGGGGUACUUUUGUGGCAAAUCUUGGGAAAGAUCUGGGGGUGCAGCUGGCAGAGAUAUCUACCCGCAGGGCUCGGAUAAUUUCUCAGGAAAACAAAGAGCAUUUGCAGCUCAAUGUUCAAUCUGGAGAUUUGCUCAUAAAUGAGAAACUAGAUCGAGAGGAGCUAUGUGGCUCUACUGAGCCUUGUGCUCUUCAUUUCCAAGUGCUAAUGGAAAACCCUUUAGAGGUAUUUCAGGCUGAACUGAGAGUGAAGGACAUAAAUGACCAUUCUCCGGUGUUCAGUGAAAAAGAGAUGGUACUGAGAAUACCAGAAAACAGUCCUCUGGGAAGUACAUUCCCUUUAAACAAUGCUCUGGACUCAGACGUGGAAAUUAACAACAUUCAGAGCUAUAAGGUCAGCUCGAACCCUCGUUUCCUGGCUGUAACCCGCAACCGCAGUGAUGGCAGGAAGUACCCAGAGCUGGUGCUGGAGAAAGAACUGGAUCGCGAGGAGGAGCCUGAGCUAAGGUUAACACUCACAGCCUGGGAUGGUGGCUCUCCUCCCCGGUCUGGGAUGGCACGGGUUCUCAUUGAAGUAGUGGACAUCAAUGAUAAUGCACCCGAGUUUCAGCAACCAACGUACCAAGUGCAAAUUCCGGAGAACCGCCCCACGGGGUCCCUGGUAGUCACAGUCUCAGCCAAUGACUUAGACAGCGGAGAUAAUGGGAAAGUGUUGUAUGCACUUUCUCAGCCUUCAGAAGAUGUCAGCAAGACGUUAGAAGUAAAUCCAGUAACAGGGGAAAUUCGGCUGCGAAAAGAGGUAGAUUUUGAAACAAUUCCCUCUUAUGAAGUGGAUAUUAAGGCCACGGAUGGGGGAGGUCUCGCGGGAAAAUGCACUCUGCUCCUGCAGGUAGUGGACGUGAAUGAUAAUCCCCCAGAAGUGAUGCUGUCUGCACUUACCAGCCAAGUUCCAGAAAACUCGCCGGAUGAGGUAGUUGCUGUUUUCAGUGUUAGAGAUCCUGACACAGGGAAGAAUGGGAAGGUGAUUUCCUCCAUCCAGGAGGACAUUCCCUUCCUUCUAAAACCUUCAGGAAAGAACUUUUACACUUUAAUAACGAAGAGAGCGCUUGAUAGGGAAGAAAGAGAACAAUACACCAUCACCAUCACAGUUACCGACCUGGGCACACCCAGGCUCACAACCCAGCACACCAUAACUGUGCAGGUCUCAGACGUCAACGACAAUGCCCCCAACUUCACACAAACCUCCUACACCCUGUUUGUCCAGGAGAACAACAGCCCGGCCCUGCACAUAGGCACCAUCAGUGCCACAGACUCAGACUCAGGCUCCAAUGCCCACAUCACCUACUCCCUGCUGCCCACCCAUGACCCGCAGCUGGCUCUCUCCUCGCUCAUCUCCAUCAAUGCAGACAAUGGGCAGCUCUUCGCGCUCAGAGCUCUGGACUAUGAGACCCUGCAGACCUUUGAGUUCCACGUGCGCGCCACAGACCAAGGAUCGCCAGCCCUCAGCAGCCAGGCCCUGGUGCGUGUGCUUGUGCUGGAUGCCAAUGAUAAUGCGCCCUUCGUGCUCUACCCUCUGCAGAACGCCUCUGCACCUUGCACUGAGCUGCUGCCCAGGGCAGCAGAGCCAGGCUACCUGGUCACCAAGGUGGUGGCUGUUGACCGCGACUCUGGCCAGAAUGCCUGGCUGUCAUUCCAGCUGCUCAAGGCUACGGAGCCAGGGCUGUUCAGUGUGUGGGCUCACAAUGGUGAGGUGCGCAUAUCCAGACUGCUGAGUGAGCGUGAUGCUCCCAAGCACAGGCUGCUGCUGCUGGUCAAGGACAAUGGCAAUCCUCAGAGGUCUGCCAGUGUCACUCUGCAGGUGCUGGUGGUGGAUGGCUUCUCCCAGCCCUACCUGCCUCUGCCAGAGGUGGCGCGCGACCCCACACUGGAGGAAGACUCCCUCACGCUGUACCUGGUCAUUGCUUUGGCUUCUGUGUCUUCGCUCUUCCUCUUGUCUGUGCUGCUGUUCGUGGGAGUAAAGCUGUGCAGGAGGGCCAGGACGGCCUCGCUGGGUGGCUGCUCUGUUCCUGAGGGCCACUUUCCUGGUCACCUGGUGGAUAUCAGUGGAGCAGGGACUCUGUCCCAGAGCUACCAGUAUGAGGUAUGUCUGAUGGGCGAUUCUUCUGGGACCAGCGACUUCAAAUUCUUGCAGCCAGUUCACCCUAGCUCCCUGCCCCAGUGCUCUGGGAAAGAAAUAGUGGAAAAUUCUACUCUCCGCAAUAGUUUGGGAUUUAAUCAUUAUUAGAAAGCUACUUAAUAGAUAUUUACUUCCCAACAUCAUCUUGUUGAUUAAAUUCUGUAUACUUGUUAGU